UGAAAAUGACAAAAGUGAGCAUUCACUUGAUUGGCUAUUUUUCAUCACUAUAGUGAAAACACGAAAUAUUUCACGUGAGAUUAUUCGACAAGAAUUAUUGUGUCGAAUAAUGUCAAAAUGUGUCAUAGGGUGCAUUCGUUUAUGCAGUGACUGCCGCAAAUGUCGUUCGUUUACUCCACCUGCGCAACCGACUGCAGCGCAGUUUGUUGUUCGUUUAAGCAGAGCUGCUGCCUAUCUGCGCAGCCAUCUCGGAGGUCCUGCUUAGGAUGCUUUGCUCGCAGUACUGCGUAAACGAAUGUAGUCUUCUCCAUUGUUAAGCCAAUUGAACUUGGAAACGUUGCCUGAAAAUUAUUUCAAUUAUGAGUUAUGUUAUAAAAGUUCAGAACAAAGAAGGUGGAGAAUAACUCCUCCAAAUAGAUCCUACAAAACUAAAAGUAAUGCAAGUCAUUCCUAGCUAUCAAGCUACUCCGUCCCCAAUUUUUGCUACACUUAAUUUCUUUGCAUCAGGUUCUUAUCAAAGAAGAACUGGACAAGAUUAUUUAUCAAGCAUGUGUCAGACUUCCAUUUCUGUUGCUAUUCAUGCCACUGUAAAUGCAAUAAAUACAGUUAUGGAACGAUGGAUAAAAUUUCCAAUAUCAAACAGAAGAAAACAAGAGAUUAAAGAAGAAUUUUUUGAGAAAACGGGAUUUCCAGGAGUAAUUGGAGCCAUAGAUGAAACUUAUAUUGCUAUCUUUCCACCAAAAAUUGAACGAGAACAUCUAUUUAUAAAUAGAAAACUAUAUCAUUCUUUGAAUGUUAUGAUCGUUUCUUCAUAUAACUAUGAAAUAUUAGCAGUAAAUGCUAUGCAUGGGGGAAGGACACAUGAUUCUAGAGUUUUCCAUUCCUCUCAAUUAUUUAAUUAUUUACAAAGACGACAGGCAGCAGGUGAAAGAGGUUCAUGGCUUAUAGGAGAUUCAGCGUACCCACUUAUGCCAUUUCUUUUAAAGCCAUUCAUGAAUGCACCUGCAGCAUCACCAGAAGCAGAUAUACAGAACACAUAGUUAAAGCACGAUCGGCAAUAGAAAGAUGCAUAGGUGUCCUUAAAGGACGG